UAAUUUUUCCCUUUCCCGGUUAAUUUGAAUGUCAACCUCCAAACUGUUGUUUGAAAUUUGAAAAAGGAAUAAAAACUUUCCUCAUUCCCUUAUUUAUUAUUGUUUUUUCCAUAUUUCUCAAUAAAUUGUCGUUAAGAUUUCCAGUUUCACAAUGCCAGGUGAAAUAGAUGAUUCCUGCAUUACAAGGUCUUCUCUUAAGUAUGAGAAUCACUCAAAGAAAUUCAUAACUUCAACCAGAAACUACACAAAACAAUACUGCAGUAUCUACAUAACUCGUCUUGAACACAUGGGAAAUGUGCUUACAGAAAAAGCUAAAGCAAGAUGGGGCGAAGAUUAUCCUAUUGUAAAAUUACAUAAACUCUCAGAAACAGAUUGUGAUAAGUGUAUAGUUAUUGGAACGUUAUUUAAAGAUCAAAAGCUUAAACCAUCUAUUGUUAAACAACUUUCUGAAGCAAAUCAACUAGUGCCUCAACCAAUACUAACUAAUUUCACUGAUGAUUCUGAUGUUCUAUUGAUCGAAGAUGAAUUGCAAAGGUAUCAGAUAAUAGGAAAUUUAAAGAAAAAUAAUGUAGUUACUGGUAUAACUUGUGCGUUAUUAGGUAAAGAUAUUGGGAAAGGAAAAUUUGAUGCUGAGGACUAUAUAUUCAUAGAUUUUCAUCCUCAGAUAGAGAGGCCAAUAUUUGAACAAAACUUUUAUGUUUUGUUGUUGAGUGGACUAGAUUUGAUUCAUUUAGAAAAGACAAAUAUCAUAUUACAAAUUAUUCCAUAUUGGUUAUCUGGUUUGAUAGAGUUAGAUGAAACAAUAAACUCCAAGGAUAUAUGUAGAGUAAUCAUAGCGGGCAAUAGUGUGAGAACUGCACCAGAAAAAGCUAAACCAACAAUAUCUAUGACUUCCAGAAUUCCAGAAUCAGCUGAUACCAUUGAUGCAGUUAAAAUCUUGGAUGAAUUUUUACUUAAAAUAUGCCAAAUAAUUGAUGUGGAUAUUAUGCCUGGUGAAAAUGACCCUUCAAACCAUAUACUUCCACAGCAGCCUUUGCAUCAUUGCAUGUUCCCUAAAUCAUCCAAGUAUAGAUCAUUAAACCAAGUUCCAAAUCCGUAUAAAUGUUUGCUAGAUGGAGUGAAGGUAUUGGGUACUUCAGGACAACCAAUAAGAGAUAUUUUACGUUUUUCUGAUCUCACCGAUCCCUUAGAUGCAUUAGAAAGUUGCCUGAAAUGGUCUCAUUUAGCACCAACAGCUCCUGAUACAUUGGGUUGUUUUCCUUUCUAUGAGGAAGACCCAUUCAUACUUGACGAUUGUCCUCAUGUGUUUUUUGCAGGGAAUCAGGAAAGUUUUGGAACAAGAAAAGCGAAAGGUCCUCAAGGCCAGGAAGUGUGUUUGGUAUCAAUUCCGGAAUUCUCAACAACACUUCAAGCAUGUUUAUUGAAUUUGAAAAACUUGGAAUGCAAUCUGGUCUCAUUUAAAUCUUGAUUUUCAAAAAGCAUGUAUGUAUUUUUACUUUUUCUUGUGAUUUCAAUAGUUUAUGGAAAUAACUGCAAAUGCAGCUGUGUUAAUAUUGAAUAAACUCAACAUUGAUGUAAA